UUCUCUUUGCAGCCUCCUCUGGUCCAAGCCAUCUUCAACCGCGAUAUAGAGGAGGUGCGGUCAUUGCUGAACCAGAAGGAGAAUAUCAAUAUAUUGGACCAAGAACGCCGAACCCCCCUGCAUGCUGCUGCCUACCUAGGAGAUGUACCAAUCAUUGAGCUCCUAAUACUGUCAGGUGCUAACGUGAACGCGAAGGACACCGUGUGGCUAACGCCGCUGCACCGUGCAGCAGCUUCUCGCAAUGAGAAGGCACUUAACCUCCUCCUGAAGCACUCGGCCGACGUCAACGCUCGCGACAAGUACUGGCAAACGCCACUGCACGUUGCUGCUGCCAACAGAGCCACCAAGUGCGCAGAGGCCAUCAUCCCCCUGCUGAGCAGCGUCAACGUGGCGGAUCGCACGGGCCGCACAGCGCUGCACCACGCCGUGCACAGCGGGCACAUCGAGAUGGUGAACUUGCUCUUAAAUAAAGGGGCCAGCCUGAGCACAUGUGACAAGAAGGAGCGUCAGCCCAUCCACUGGGCAGCCUUCCUAGGGCAUUUGGAAGUGCUGAAGCUGCUGGCGGCCCGGGGCGCUGACGUCAUGUGCAAGGACAAGAAGGGGUACACCUUGCUCCACCCCGCGGCCGCCAGCGGCCAGAUCGAGGUGGGGAAACAUCUGCUGAGGCUGGGAGUCGAGAUCGACGAGCCCAACUCCUUUGGGAACACCGCCCUCCACAUCGCCUGUUACAUGGGCCAGGACGCGGUGGCCAACGAGCUGGUCAACGCCGGCGCCAACGUCAACCAGCCCAACGAGAAGGGCUUCACCCCGCUGCACUUUGCCGCCGUCUCCACCAACGGGGCCCUUUGCCUGGAGCUGCUGGUGAACAACGGCGCCGACGUGAACUUCCAGAGUAAGGAAGGGAAGAGCCCUUUGCACAUGGCUGCCAUCCACAGACGCUUCACGCGCUCUCAGAUCCUCAUCCAGAACGGCAGCGAGAUCGACUGCGCUGACAAAUAUGGCAAUACUCCCCUCCACGUUGCUGCUAGAUAUGGCCACGAGCUGCUAAUUAGUACUUUGAUGACGAAUGGUGCUGACACUGCGAGGCGUGGGAUCCACGAUAUGUUCCCUCUGCACUUAGCUGUUCUCUUUGGAUUUUCAGACUGUUGUCGUAAGCUACUUUCCUCAGGUCAGCUGUACAGCAUCGUCUCCUCUCUGAGCAACGAGCACGUGCUGUCCGCAGGUUUCGAUAUCAACACGCCUGACAACCUGGGGAGGACGUGUCUCCAUGCUGCUGCUUCCGGAGGGAACAUUGAGUGUCUUAAUUUGCUGUUGAGCAGCGGUGCUGACUUGAGGAGGAGAGAUAAAUUUGGAAGGACUCCAUUGCACUACGCGGCCGCCAACGGCAGCUAUCAGUGUACGGUGACGCUGGUCACCGCCGGAGCCAGUAUUAACGAGACGGACUGUAAAGGCUGCACUCCCUUACACUAUGCUGCUGCUUCAGACACGUACAGGAGAGCGGAGCCUCAUUCAGGAAACAGCCAUGACAGUGAGGAGGAGCCCCGGAAGGAGGCCCGCAUGAAGGAGGCGUUCUUCUGUUUAGAGUUCCUCCUGGACAGUGGUGCUGACGCGUCGCUCCGGGACAAGCAGGGAUACACCGCUGUCCACUAUGCCGCUGCCUACGGUAACAGACAGAACCUCGAAUUGCUCCUGGAAAUGUCCUUUAACUGCCUGGAGGAUGUGGAAAGCACCAUUCCAGUCAGCCCUUUGCACUUAGCUGCCUAUAACGGUCACUGUGAAGCUCUAAAGACGCUUGCCGAAACCCUCGUGAACCUCGACGUGCGGGACCACAAAGGGCGGACGGCGCUGUACCUUGCCACGGAGCGGGGCUCCACGGAGUGUGUGGAGGUGCUCACCAGCCACGGCGCCUCCGCCCUGGUGAAGGAGAAGAAGAAGAAGUGGACGCCGCUCCAUGCUGCAGCUGCCUCUGGGAACACGGAUUCCCUCCACCUUCUGAUCGACAGCGGGGAGAGGGCGGAUAUUGCUGACGUCAUGGACAUCCACGGCCAAACCCCGCUGAUGCUGGCAGUCAUGAACGGCCAUGUCGACUGCGCCCAUCUCUUGCUGGAGAAGGGGUCCACAGCAGAUGCAGCAGACAGAAGAGGCAGGACCGCGCUGCAUCGAGGGGCGGUGACCGGGUGUGAGGACUGCCUGGGAGCCCUUCUAGACCAUGAUGCCUUUGUACUGUGUCGGGAUUUCAAGGGUCGGACCCCUAUCCAUUUUGCGUCGGCGUGCGGGCAUUCCGAAAUCCUGAGGACCUUGCUGCAGGCAGCGCUCUCUACUGACCCUCUGGACUCCGUAGUGGAUUACAGUGGCUACUCACCAAUGCACUGGGCUUCGUACAGCGGACAUGAAGAUUGUCUUGAAUUGUUACUUGAACACAAUCCGUUUGUGUACCUAGAAGGAAACCCCUUUACUCCAUUGCACUGUGCAGUAAUUAACAGCCAGGAAGGCACUGCGGAAAUGCUGGUGGAAGCAUUGGGUGCCAAGAUUGUGAAUAGCAGAGAUGCCAAAGGAAGGACUCCCCUUCACGCUGCUGCCUUUGCAGACAACAUCCACGGUUUACAGCUGCUGCUACGCCACCACGCAGAAGUAGACGCGACCGACCAGUUGGGAAGGACCCCUCUCAUGAUGGCGGCCGAGAACGGGCAGACGGCAGCGGUCGAGUUCCUGCUGUAUCGAGCGAAAGCUGAUUUAACUGUGCUAGACGUCAACAAGAACACAGCUCUUCACCUGGCCUGCAGCAAGGGUCAUGAAAAGUGUGCCUUGUUGAUCCUGGGGGAAACCCAAGACCUUGGCCUUAUCAAUGCAACUAACAGUGCUCUGCAGAUGCCGCUCCACAUUGCAGCUCGGAACGGACUGGCCUCCGUUGUCCAGGCCUUGCUCAGCAGAGGUGCCACUGUGCUUGCCAUGGAUGAAGAAGGUCACACCCCCGCCUUGGCUUGCGCCCCCAACAAGGACGUGGCAGACUGCCUGGCACUUAUCCUCUCCACCAUGAAGCCUUUUCCACCUAAAGACACCAUCAGCCCUUUCAGCUUCAACCUCCUCAAGAACUGCAGCAUUGCGGCCAAAACAGCAGCCUGCGGGACCCUGCCCAACGGCAGCACAUGCCCCUACACCAAGGACCGGCACAAUGCGAUCGGCUUAGACGGCUGUUACUCGGAGUAGCUUAAACGAUGGGUAUCUAAUAGCUUCUUCUAUUUAUUUAGAAAGUCUAUAAAUAUAGGGCACUUUAAAGGAGAACAAGACUGGACAGGCCUUCCAGCCAGGGCUUGGCAACCGAAAUGAGAGCUUUCUCUCCCUCGCUUGGUGGCCAGCAGCUAAUUGACUUAACGAGCAGCUGGCCGAGAGCCUUUCCCCUCCCCAGGCGGCGUGCAGGCCCAGCCCCACCU